GCUCUGUGGAUGUACUCUGGACUGAUUGGUGGAUUUUAAUUUUACUAAUAGAAUUAUUUUCUGAUUUUUUUCCUUUUUUUAAACAAGUUGUUUGUUUUUUUCCCUUUCAUGGCCGUUUUCUCUCUUCACUUUGGAGAAAUGAUGAAGAGUAGUAAAUGAGGAAGAGGAGCAGUCAUUCAGCAGUCUGUCCAUGAUGAUGAUGUGCUGUCCAUCACCAAAGUCAACCAUAUCCCAUCGCUAUGAUGACCAUGAUCCUUGGUGACAUGGCACAGCAAAGGAUGCUAGGAAAACGGUUUUUCACUGCCCCAGAAAAUAAAGAAGUGGAGGAUGGAGCAGAAGAGGAAAACAGACCCAAUGGAAUGAUGGAUGGACAGGAGGAGAACCAGAUCCGAGGAGGCACUCAAACACGAGAGGUCAAAGGGGAGGGGCUAAAGCCAGCGGCCAUUGUAAUCGGAAGGCAACGAGGAGACAGGCAGCAGCGAAUCAUCAAUCCAGGACACCGGGGUAUUUCAGCCAAUCAGGCAGUGUUACAUCAUCAGCCAGCCAGUCAUGAGAUGUAUCACCAAACUCCAGCCAAUCAGCAGCAGCUUUAUAAAGUUUUAACCAAUCAGCAGGCUCGGAGGCGUCACAUGGAGCGCAGCAUGACUACAAUCGGACCACUGGAAGAUGCACACCUGAAUACAAUGGUGUUCCGGAUUGGAAUUCCUGACAUCAAACAGACGAAGUGUUUACGGUUUGAUCCUGAUGCGACAGUGUGGAGUGUAAAGCAGCAGGUGGUGUGUUCCCUCAGCGAGUCGUUGUGGGACGUGUAUAAUUACGGAUUGUUCCAGCCUGCCUCAGAGGGACAUCACGCACGCUUCCUGGAGGAGGAACAAUCACUAAAACAAUUUCCACAAUCCCUCGAGAAGGGUGUGCCUUACCUGGAGUUCAGAUACAAGAGUCGGGUUUAUAAACAGACCAAUCUGGAUGAGAAACAACUGGCCAAGUUACACACCAAGGCCAACCUAAAGAAGUUCCUGGACUAUGUUCAAAGUGGAGCAGUAGAUAAGAUCAGUAAAGCUUUGGAUAAAGGACUGGACCCUAAUUAUCAUGAUCCAGAGAGUGGAGAGACCCCUCUCACGCUGGCUGUGAUCAGUGGUCUGAGUGUUGAUGGAAUCCGUGUGCUGAUGUUAAAUGGAGCUCAUCAUGAUUUCAGAGCAAGAGACGGACUCACACCACUGCAUAAAGCAGUUAGAGUGCACAAUCAAGCUGCACUGCUGACGUUCCUGUCUCUGGGUGUGUCUCCAGACUAUAAGGAUCGAUGUGGUUUGACGCCGCUGUACCACUCAGUGCUGACAGGGGGCGACACAUCCUGCUGUGAAACUCUGCUCUACUACAGAGCGCGCCUCGGAACACGUGACGAGAAUGGCUGGGAUGAAACACAUCAGGCAUGUCAACAUGGUUUUGCCCAGCAUUUAGAGCACCUGCUGUUUUAUGGGGCAGACAUCACUUCCCAGAAUGCAUCAGGAAACACGGCACUGCAUAUCAGUGCUCUGUACAAUAAGGAGAGCUGUGUGCGGGUUCUCCUCUACAGAGGAGCCAGCAAGGAGAUGAAGAACAAACACGGACAAACUCCCUUCCAGGUUGCUGUGAUGUCUGGUCACUUUGAACUUGGAGAGAUCAUCAAAAAUCACAAAGACACAGAUGUAGUUCCAUUUUUGGAGUCUCCUAAAUACGCUCUUCAGUAUGUUGAAAGUGGGCAUGCUUUAUCAGUGAACAUGUCACUCCCCCACCCCCACCCCCUCCUACGGGCUAAGAGUGAAAAUACCAUGGCCACACCCCCUGAUCCUGUAGCCCCACCCACUACUACACCUGCAACCACACAGCGUCGGUCAUCCUUUGCUCUGAGAAGUUCUAGUAGUCCUCGUGGUGCUCGCACUCGUUCUCCAUCCAGAGGAAGAGUAGAAUCUGAUGAUAAGCAGAAAAAACAGAGAGGCAGACAGGGUAUUGUUCAGCGCAGGAGGCUGUACAGUGCAGUUCCUGGUCGCGUCUUCAUAGCAACUCGCUCUCAUUCUGCUCAGGGAGAACGAGAGCUCAGUCUCAGCAAAGGGGACAAGGUCAAAGUACUGAGUGUCGGAGAGGGAGGUUUCUGGGAGGGAACCGUUAAAGGUCGGACUGGUUGGUUUCCUGCUGAAUGUGUGGAAGAAGUUCUGCCACAAAAUGAAGAAAAGAGACCAGAGAGUCGCAGUGAGAAAGCCAAGAGGAAAUUAUUCCGUCAUUACACUGUAGGAACUUACGAUGGACUUGAGGUCCCCAGUGAUUACAUUAUAAAGGAGAAGUCAGUGCUUCUGCAAAAAAAAGACAAUGAGGGCUUCGGCUUUGUGCUCCGAGGAGCUAAAGCUCAGACUCCCAUUGAGGAGUUCACUCCCACUCCAGCAUUUCCUGCUCUUCAGUAUCUGGAGUCAGUGGAUGAAGGGGGUGUGGCCUGGAGGGCGGGGCUAAGGAUGGGUGACUUCCUCAUUGAGGUGAAUGGGAUGAAUGUAGUUAAGGUUGGCCAUAGACAGGUUGUUAAUAUGAUUCGUCAGGGCGGAAAUAGCUUAAUGAUGAAGGUUGUCAUGGUAACACGGAAUCCAGAGAUCGAGGAGGUGCCGAAGAAAAAAGCGCCACAGCAGCAGACAAAGAGAUUAACCCCACCUGCCAUCACAUUACGCUCCAAAUCUAUGACCUCUGAGUUGGAAGAGAUGGUGGAAAAAGCUUCACCAUGGAAGAAGAAACUAGAUCAGUCAGAGAGUUCUCAGGCUCCUGAUAAGAAGAGAAGUGUUUACCAAAUGGCCCUUAAUAAGCUGGAUGAGAUUUUAGCUGCUGCUCAGCAGACAAUCAGCACAUCUGACUCUCAGGGACACAAAGGACAUGGAGGGCAUGGAGGGAGGAAAGAACGGAACAAGGGCUUCUAUGCUAAUGAGCAAAGUUUUGACCAAUCUGGAGGCGUUGGUGUGAUAUCAUCAGGGCCUGGGUAUGGUUCUAAUUAUGCCCAGUUUUCAUCAAGCCACACCUCCCAGCAUGGGGUGAUGCUUCGGCAGAAAUCUGUUGGCGUAACUGAGGAAGAACGGGGACAUCUUCACCCCCCUACUAUGAAGUUAUCUCGUAGUUUAUCAGUACCAGGGCCAGAUGAUAUCCCACCUCCUCCUGAAACCUCUGCACCAGAACCUCCAGUUCCAGUUCACAGAAGGCCAGAGCUCAUGCACAACAACCCCACUCAUCAUGCCCAGAUGCAAAUAAGAGCACCACCCACUCGUAGGGUGGAUGCUGACCAUAGUAGGAGGGGAGGAGCUAAAAUGAGUGGUUUAAGGCGUGGUUCUAGCAGUGCUGCACCUACAGGUGACAUGCCUGUGGCAAUUGCCAAAACAACUGGCCGCCGAGGUGGUAAGGGGCCAUUGCUAAAGCAACGUAAGGUGGAGGAAGGAGUAGGAAGAUCAGAAAAAAACUCAAUUCCAAUUCCAACUAUAAUCAUCAAGGCACCAUCCACAAGCAGCUCAGGACAUAGCAGCCAGAACAGCAGUGUGGAGGCAGAGCCAUCUCCACAGCUUGAGGAUGAAGAGGCAGAACAUCACAGCACAGUAUUAAUCCCAGAGCCACCCACAGCCCUCCCUCCAAUUCCACCUACACCCUUCCCUCCAGAUGUAAGUGGAACAGCUCAACGUGAAAGAGAACGUUUCCGUGAUUCCCGCCGCAAAAGCACUUCCUUCUUCUACUCCUCUGAAGAGGAUGUGCUAGUUGAGCCUGACUCUGCCCAGUUGCCUCAGAAUGAGCCUGCUCCCAGGCUCCGCCCCUCCAAAUCAAUUGAUGAGGGCUUGUUCACAAGUGAUGCUGCUAGCAUGCCACCUGCCUUUGGACUUCCACAAUAUGCCUCUCAGCACAACACUACCUUUAUUCACCCACUAACUGGGAAAGUUCUGGAUCCAUCAAGUCCACUAAGCCUGGCAUUAGCUGCUCGAGAGCGAGCUCUUAAAGAUGAUCGUCGAUCCCGAAAGGAGGAGAGGCAUUUUGGGCGCCAGUUUUCCACUGCUGCUGCUUUCCCGAUCCCUCAUUCAGCUACCCACAAUUCACAGCAACAGUCUUCUUCCUACAUUCACCAAGCACAGGCUAACAUUUACCUUAGUGGAAGCAGCCCUACAUCAACAAGUCAUUCUCCUUUGAGUCGACCGCAGAGUCCCCGGAUGUUGCGAUUGUCUGGCAGUGGGAUAAUGAGUGUGGAAAGGGAAGGAAGAGAUGUUCAGAAGGUGCAGUUCACUACCGAAAGAACAAAUCAAUAUCAUACUUUUCACCAUGAGAAGGAUGGGCAUGGAAAAAUGUCUCAACAGCCAUCUCAGCAUAGACCCCCUUUAUUACGCAUGGAUACCCAAGUGAAUGCUAACGCUACUCACUAUACUAAUCCUGCCCUAGAAACCAACAGGAAGUCAGACACAGAGAGAGGAAGGGAUGAAAAUAAGGAGGAAGAUCCAGAGAAUGAAAUUGGAGGCGGGGUAAUGGUUUUGCCUCCUCCCGCUCCCUCAGUGGACAUAGCUGAUGAAUUUGUGUUUGCAGAACCACUUCCACCACCCUUACAAUUUGCUAAUGGUGUGGAGAACAGUAGAACAGUACAAGGAGUAACAAUGUACAACCAUCUUCAACAGCAACAUCAUCAACAAGAACAACAACAUGGUGGUCAAAGUUUCCCGCAACAUGAUCAGCAGCUCCAGAAUACCCCUCUAGAUCCAACAGGACCAACAGAAACUUCUCAUUCUCUACCUGAAAUUCAUCCCUCAACCUUUCAUCCCUCUGCCAUUGUUCAUCCAUUUCUCUUUCCCCCUUCUCCUCUACUUCCACCACCCCAGCUUUGUCCCAAAAUACCUCCUGCCAAUCCACCACAACCUCCACAAAUGCCACAAAUUCACCCCCAGCCCCCUCCCACUUCCCCUCAAGCUGCUGAUUCUGCUGCAUCCAGUUUGACAUCAUACGAUAGUGAGGUGGCUAAUUUAACCCAAUCUGCUCUUUCUCCCUCACUUCCAUCUCCCCAAAUCUUUCCUAUUACUUCCACUUCUUCUGCCCCAUCCACUUCCUCAGACCCUGCAUCAUUACACAGGCCCCUCCCACUUUUCUACCCACCACAAGACCAUGUUAGUCCUACUCUUACCUAUGCCACCAUGACAACUGCUGCUGCAACAACAGCGACUGCUGCUGUAGUAACUGUCACCAUGACAACUCCUUCAGCAAGUCAACUGAUUGUUGGUGGUGAACGGAUCCAGUCAGAAUCAAAGGGUUUUGAUUGGCCUGAAGCAGUGGUGGAUUCUGGAAUUGAGGAACCAGACAGUCACAGCAGCAGCGACCAUCACACAGAAAGUGUUAGUGGAGAAAGGAGGCAACAAGAACGACGAGUGAGCACAGAAAGUGGUGGAAUAAAGGAAGGCAGAAGAGUGUCCCUGGAUUCUUGUCUGUCUAACAUAAACCAACAAUUUCAAAUGCACAAUGACACACAUGCAAAAACUCACAAACACAAAAGCAAACCUCCUCCACCAACACAUGCGAAACCACACCUACAUAAUGCUGCUAAAUUACAUACUAAUAUGGAUGUAGGACGAACAGUGCCAUCAUUACGGCGACAGACAAGUGCUGCCCCAGGAUUUUACCAGCCAGAUGAAAAAAUCCAGGGAAAAGGAGAAGUGAAAGGACCAUCUUUUAUGGACAGACGUCUGAACUCUCCUCUUUCAAGUGUAAAGGCCAGUAUUAUCAGUGAACUCAGCAACAAGCUGCAGCAGCUCGGGGGAUGGCAAGGUCAAGGGUCACAACAGAUGCAAAGGUUUUCAGAAGACCUGUCUUCAUUAAUUCCUGCAGGCCAUGCACAACUUCUUUCCUCCUCACAACCACUUCAGAGAUCUCUGUCCCCUUCUAUGGCUCCUGUCCCCUUAUCUCCUAUUAACUCUAAGCCUUUAGCCCCAACUAUUACCUCUAACCCCUUAGCCCAAACUAUCACCCCUAAUCCCUUAGCCCAGACUAUUUCUCCUAAUCCCUUAGCCAUUACAUUGCCUCCUAAUCCUUUAACUCCCACUCCAUUAACAGCAACACUCUCCUCUAACAGCUUAACCACAAAUAUUGUACCUAACCCCAUAACGCCUAGCCUCACCACGAAUCCUGCACCUUCUUCACCUUUGACCCCUGCAUUAACCCCUACCUUGACCCCUCAGGCUCCUCCUUAUUCUAACUGGACCCCAUCCCCCUCUCCUCUGUCUUUCUCACACUGUCCUCUUUCUCCUCCCUGUCUGCCCCAUGCCCCUCUUUCUCCUCUGUCACUUGCGCAUCCUCCAUUGUCCCCUCCAUCAUACAGCCACCCACCCAUCUCUCCUAUAUCCCUUUCACAUGCCCCUCUUUCUCCUUCCUCUGUGUCCUACGCCCCAUACCCAACUUCGCCAAAGCAUCGUGCUAAAUAUCGUACUAAAGGUCUGGAUUUGUUUUCUGCUUCAGAUUCAAGGCGUUCUGAGGCUCAUAUCCAGCGGCGCCGUGCUCCAAGUCCUCUUAUUUCCUGUUCAGAACGACCACAACCUGGGCCACCACGUCCUUCCUCUCUUCCUCUCUUUCCUUCUGCUUCCCUUUAUGGAUCUCCAUUUGAUCUACAGGCCCCCCUCACUCCGCCAUCAUCUGUCCAUCCUUUGGCUGAACAUUUCUUUCCUCCAACUCCCCCACUAAUGCUCCCUUCCUCUCCAGCACCUACUUCAAACCCUUUGCUAGCAUCGCACUCUCUCUCCCCUACACACUUCCUAUCAGGUGGCUCUUCCCCUUCCAGUGUGAGCUAUCUACCACCUCUCACCCUUCCUCCACCCAAUCGGCCUUUUGCAUCCAAGCCCCUGCCAUAUUGGACCAAAUAUGAUGUCGCUGAUUGGCUGACCUACCUAAACCUGGCGGAGCAUCGAGAGCGCUUCCUAGACAAUGAGAUUGAUGGUUCACACCUGCCAUCACUGACAAAGGAGGACUUCCUUGAUCUCGGAGUUAGCCGCGUCGGACAUCGUAUGAACAUUGAGAGAGCGCUGAAGAGACUUACUGAGAGAUUGUCAUCUCCAUUUUCUGUCUCCACUGUUUCCUCAGAGGGGCCGAAUGAACGACUGCGAGAAGAAGGAACUCAGAACUGAAGGGUUUACAUUAUAGAGAAAACAGGGCUCUCAAUCAUCUCACUUAACUCUGCAGAUACUGGGUUAGAAACUGACAUACAAAAACAGCAAACAACCAUUUAAUAUAAAAUGUCUUUAAAUCUGUGCUAAGCUGCUUCAGUGUUUAAACUGAUCCACCUGAGAGACUCAACAUCUGAAAGCACCCUCAGCCUUGAUGGAGGAUAAAAAUGCAAGUCUGCUUCUUGGUUAGUAAAAUGGUUUAAUUCAGUUUACUCACGGUGAUGGCAGUAUUUCAUGCUAUGGUGAUGUAAAGUUUGUAGAAAUACAAUGAAAUGAUUGUUAUUGUUGUAAACCUGUAUACAGGUAACGUUCAUGUCAUGUUCAUCAUUACUUGUGUUCUGAUGAUAAUGAUGAUGAUGAUGAUGAUGCUAGUUUUACAAAACUUAUUUACACUCACACAAUAAUGAUUAUAAUAAAAUGGUAAUAAGAAUAAGCAUUUAACAGUUAAGUACAUAAAGAAUUUUCACACUGUAAGGAUAACUGGUCUUCCAGAUCACAGAACCCCAUACAUGUUCCUUUUGGGUAUAAGUUCUCUUCAUCUGUUCUCUGUACAACAUGUACAGAUUUAAGUGUGUGGGAGGUUAGUGCAAAGAUGAUAAGAUUAUUUAAUGUUAUUUUAAAAAAAUACAUCUUUUAGGAAACAGUAAAAAUCUAUGGAAUUAUUAAGCACUUAUGAGAAAUAUUUAUGCAGAGCUCUAUAGAUUUAUCAGGUAUUUCUGUUGCUAUGUAAGGAUAAUGUUUAUGAUGGUAAUGAUCAGAAAAUAAUGAUUAAGAUUGAAUAAAUGAGAAUUAUACUCCAUAU